CACCCUCUCAAUGUCCCGCUGCAGGAUGGAGCAGACAGCUGUGAGAAUCUGAAAAUAUUCCUUGUGCACAUUCUUCCAUCGAUCGGUUUGGUCUUAGAAGAGUAAGCAGCUUCCACAGAAACAAAUUAAGAGCAGAGACUCAUCGCCAUGUCCAUCCGGAAGCUUAGGCGCAACCCUAAAACACUGGGGGACGUCAAUCUGUUGACAGAGGAGCUGAAAAAUCUUUAUCAUAAGAGGCUGAUGCCGAUAGAGAAAUACUAUUCUUUCCAUCACUUUCAUUCUCCGAGCUAUGAGGACGCAGAGUUUGAUAACAAACCAAUGGUCUUGGUGAUGGGACAGUACUCAACAGGAAAGACAACUUUCAUCAGGUAUCUCAUAGAACAAGAUUUCCCUGGUAGCCGAGUUGGGCCAGAGCCAACUACUGACUGCUUCACUGCCCUCAUGUAUGGAGAGAUGGAAGGACUUAUCCCUGGCAACGCCCUCACAGUGGACCCCAAAAAGCCCUUUCGCCACCUCGACCCUUUUGGAAAUGCUUUUCUAAACAGGUUUCAGUGUGUCCAGAUGCCAAAUCAAGUCCUCGAGAGUGUCAGCAUUAUCGACACACCAGGCAUCUUAACUGCUGCUAAAAGAAAACUAAGUCGAGGCUACGACUUUCCAGCAGUGCUGCGCUGGUUUGCAGAGCGUGUGGAUCGAAUCAUCCUGCUGUUCGAUGCACAUAAACUAGAGUUCUCUGAUGAGCUCACUCGGGCCUUUGGGGCCCUGUGUGGCUAUGAGGACAAGUUGCGUGUAGUUCUUAACAAAGCUGACAGGGUGGACUCGCAGCAGCUCAUGAGAGUGUACGGCGCCCUCAUGUGGUCGCUGGGAAAAGUGUUUCGAACCCCCGAGAUCUUGCGGGUUUACAUUGGAUCUUUCUGGUCAGAGCCCAGGCAGAAGUGUGACCACUACCAGCUGAUUGAGCUGGAGGAGGAGGAUCUGUUGGCCGACAUAAGGAACUUGCCGAGCAAUGCUGCAGUACGCAAGCUGAAUGACCUGGUGAAGAGGGCACGCUUGGUUAGGGCACAUGCCCACAUUAUCAGCUAUCUGAAGCAAGAGAUGCCAACACUUUUUUGCAAAGAAAGCAAGAAGCACAAUCUGAUUUACCAGCUUCCUGUAAUUUUCACCAAGAUACAGCAACAGCAUCAAGUCCCAGCGGGAGACUUCCCCGACUGCACCAAGAUGCAGGAGAAACUUUUGGGUCAAGAUUUCUCAAAGUUCAAGACCCUGAAACCAAGUCUGAUGGCUUCCUUGGAUAAACUCCUGACCACGGACAUAGCCAACCUGGUGCCUUUACUUCAACAACAAGAACUAAGGAAGAAAUCCCUCCCCAGUGUGUUGGACGGGGAAUUUUUGGGAACAUUCAGGCCUGAGCAUUUCAAGAGAGAUCCUUUCAAGGAACUCAAAAAAGAAGAUGAGAGCAGUGAGACCGAUUUAGAUGAGUGGUCGGUGGAGAAAUACAAGCCAAAGUACGAUGAGAUUUUCUACAAUCUCAGUCCAAAUGGGGGCAAACUGAGUGGCACCAAAGUCAAAGAGUGGAUGACGACCACUCUUCUGCCCAACUCUGUGCUCGCUCAUAUCUGGAGACUGUCUGACAUAGAUGGGGAUGGCAUGCUGGACAAUGAGGAGUUUGCUCUGGCAGUCCACCUUAUUGAGGGAAAACUGGAGGGCCACUGGCUCCCCCGAGAGCUGCCGUCUCACCUCGUGCCCCCGUCAAAACGAUUAAGUACAGCGAGCGAUGAAGAGUAAACAUGACGCUGAGAGGAAGCUGUGGUUCUGUGUACAUUAUUUGUACAUGACUUCCUACAUAUAACCUAAUUUGGUAAUAGAAAUUUGAAAAACUACAGUCCCUGUUCAUAAACCUGUGAAGGUGUUUAUGAAUCAAAAUCUUACCAAAACCUAAAAUUACCAUUGAAGGUUUGAUCAAUGCAACAUUUUCGCAUCCUAUUUUUUUGUCUCAUUUCUCUCUUGCAUUAUUUAAAAUAUUCACAGGAAUGAUAAAAAUACAGCAGCAAUUAUCUUCAAUUAGGUAGAAUUAUGGUAGGUAGAAGUUAUGCCAUAUAUAAUAAAUACUAUAUUUCUUUUUUGCCUUAAACACAACAGUUCCUCAUCUCACAUAAUGUUAAUGCAUUUUUUAUCAAUUUUAUUAAAAUUGUAGAGAUGAUUAGCCA